AUGAGCCGAAAUCAUAUUGAUUUGAAAAGAUUGGACACACACCUUGCUCGAAUCUGUCCGAGUUCAAGUCCACACCGAUGAUCCUUGAAGCUCCUGAGACCCUCGCCCCCUCAGCAGCCUGUUAGCAUUCAACCUAUCAUCAUUUAAUCUAAUUGGGAGAAGAGAACGAAAACCAUCCACUAUACAGAGUAACAGAUAAAGGAACAGAGCGAGACACUCACGGCAAGGCCCACGGCUCCCAAUCCGAAUACAGCAACUGACGAUCCCUUCUUCGGUUUGGCCACAUUCACCGUCGCGCCGAAACCUUCAAAAUUUUGAUAAAAACAUUUAUGGUAUUAAGAAAAGAUUUAAUUUCCAAAAUUGGAAGAUGAAGAAGAUGGUGUGAACACGUUCCAAGGCUAUGUUUUUUUUUUAAUUAGUGAAGCCAAGCUGAAGAAGAGGAAGGCCGCACCUGUGGAGAUCCCGCAGCUGAGCACGCAGACCGUUUCCAGGGGGGCCAGCGGGUUUAUCUUCGCCAGGCAGCCCACGUGCACCACGGUGUACUCGCUGAAGGUGGAGGUGCCGAGAAAGUGGUAG